AUGGCUGCAGAUGGACAGCAAGAUGGUGUCCUGGACGCGCUCCGGGACAUCCAGCAAACCCAGCAACAGCUGCUAAGCCAUCUUGAGUCCCUCAACGGUAGAAUUGGCUCUUCUGCCAUCUCAGCGGAAGCACUAUCAGCGGCGUCCCUGCUGCCUGUGGAUGACAAGGAUGCUAAGCCAAAGGACGCUGAGGCUGCUGGAGAUCUGGCGCCCAUCCAGUCAUCCUUUGAGAAUGGAACGGCACAGCCCAGUUCGGCCUUGUCUCCAGCCAGCCGCUCAGGCUUUACUUCGCGAAUCGUGCUCACCGGUGGCUCGUACUCGAUCUACUAUGCGCUGGCUGUUGCUAGCAAAGAACUCAACGCCGAUCACAGACCCGAUUUCACGAAUGCUGAGCCUGCUGCUAAUAUUGGGCCGUUCCCUCAAUGGGGUGAUAAGAAGAAGAUUGUUGCCAUGGAUCCUUGGGGUCACUUGGUUCCGUGGACCUUCAAAGAUAUCAUUGAAAAGCAAAACAUCGAUAUGCGACCAACAAUUGCUAUUACGAAGGCUCAUAUGAAGCUUCCCGAACUUGCAGAGAGCGUCAAGAGUGGUCGGCUGGUUCCUGAUGGAAAGGUGUGCUUGAACGAGCUUGGCGAGUUGGCUGUCACCAAAUUUGCCGUAGAGCCGGUUUGGUACCUUCCUGGUGUAGCCGAGAGAUUUGGAAUCGAUGAGGCUACCUUGCGCCGCUCUCUUUUUGAGCACACGGGAGGAAGCUAUCCAGAGCUGAUAACCCGUGGAGACAUCAAAGUCUUCCUCCCACCCAUCGGCGGGUUGACUGUAUACUGCUUCGGCGAUCCUGAGAAAAUGUCGGAUGAAAACGUUCGAUUAUCACUAAGAAUCCACGAUGAGUGCAACGGAAGCGACGUUUUUGGUUCUGAUAUUUGCACAUGCAGGCCGUACCUGAUCUUUGGCAUUGAAGAGGCCGUCAAAGAGGCUCAGAAUGGUGGCAGUGGUGUAGUUAUAUACUUCAGAAAAGAAGGUCGCGCUCUUGGAGAAGUGACAAAGUAUUGUAUGGCUCCCUUGGUAUACAACGCACGCAAGCGUGGCGAGGAUCGAGCAUCGGACUAUUUCAUGAGGACAGAGAAUAUUGCGGGUGUGAAAGACAUGCGCUUCCAGGCUUUGAUGCCAGAUAUCCUUCACUGGCUGGGCAUUAAGAAGAUUGAUCGCAUGUUGAGCAUGAGCAACAUGAAACACGAUGCCAUAGUUGGUCAAGGAAUUCCCAUUCACGAGAGAGUGGAGCUUCCAGAUGAGCUCAUCCCGGCCGACUCAAGAGUUGAAAUCGAUGCCAAAAUUACCGCUGGCUAUUUCACGGCUGGGAAACGGUUGACGGCUGAAGAAUUGCAAUCUGUACAAGGCAGACUUUGGGAAGAUAUCGACCACUAA